AUGGCACCCAGUGCAGUUGGCAACCUCUGCACAUCGACGGCAUGUCUUCAACUGGCCGCAGACAUGAAACAAAGCAUGGCUUUGAACUACACAGAUAUUGAUCCAUGCGAAGACUUUGAGCAAUAUGCUUGUGGCAACUGGGGUACAUACCACGACAUUCCCCAAGGUGAAGAGAGCAUCCUCGGCAUCACGGUCUCGCAAGAACAAACAUACAUCCUCGCAAGAAGAAUCCUAGAGGAUCCCUACCCUACUGGAGACGAUGCCGGUUAUAUCACUGUCAACUUGACAAAGGAGCAGACCAAAGCUGAUAAGAGAAAUCUUGCCAAGAUUCAGCAGGCAUAUCAAGUUUGUCAGAACUACACUGCCAUUGAGGAAGAAGGUCUCGAUGUCUUGUCUCAAAUAGUCGAAACAGUCGUGGAUCUGUAUCCUGCUACUGCUUCGAACGCAACUAAGAACUCCUCUGCUUUGACGGAAACAUUGGCGUUCUUUGAGAGGUUCGGAAUCGGAACUUUCCAACAGAUGUUUAUCCUUCAGAAUGAGUAUGACCCAGAGGAAGUCGUGGCUGGGAUCUCUCCGCCUUUGUUCAACGGAAUUUCGUUGCCGACUACAAACGAAGGUGAGGCAGAAAUGAUCGAACUGAUCUCUGCUCUGCUCAUGGCCACGCACCCUUCCAAGCUCAGCAAUACAACUGCCAUGGCCCUCGCAAAGUCAGUUUACGCCUUCCAAGUGAAACUUGUGAGUGCAUGGGCAUGGAGUGUGAGUAACGAACCCGAUGAUAUCGUCCCUGCAGGAGAUCUCAAGAAGUUGGCUCCGAGUCUUGACUACGAGAGCGUGAUUGAGCAGCUUGCUCCUGAGAACUGGAAAGGAACUAUCACCACUCUUCAGCCAUUAUACUUCAUCAACAUGUCUGAAAUUGUCUCUCAGACAUCAUCGCAAACAGUGCAAGCGUUCUUUGUAUGGCAGAUAAUAUCUUCAGUGUCAUCCUACAUCGAACAUGACUUGACCAACGCCUACAACAACUUUCAAGCCAGACUCCAAGGCAAAGACCCCGAAAGCCCACAGCCUCGCUGGAGAAACUGUGUUGCACUGUUGGACCAGGGGGUUGAUUGGAUCAUUGGUAAUGCUCUUGCUGAAUCUAUCAUCGGUCCUCAUGGUCUAACCUGGAUUCUCACCCGUUUCUUUGUGGAUAAGAACUUUGGGCCCGAUAAGAUCGAAACAGCCUCAGACAUGGUCGACUAUAUCAGAGAGGCUUUCUCAGAUCGAAUCAAGACGCGUGAAUGGGCGACUGAAAAAGUCAAGAAGGCAGCCCUCGAGAAAGUCGAGGCCAUGCAAAAGAUGAUCGCACUUCCCACCGUCCCUGACCCUAUGGACCCUAUUGCUAUUGAGAAGUACUAUUCCGACAUUGAUAUAAGUUCUUCUUUGGUUUUAAAUGCCCUAGCAUUCGCAAAGUCUAGGAUUGCCAAACACUGGAAGAGCCUCUCGAAGCCAUACAACAGAGGUCAACUCAUCAUGACCACCCUUAAAGCGAAUGCGUAUUACGCGCCUACCCGCAAUGAGGUUGGUCUGCUGGCUGGGUACCUCCAAGCACCUCUCUUCGACCCCGGAUACCCUGAUUACAUCAACUACGGAGGUGCAGGUAGCAUUGUUGGUCAUGAGAUCACACACGGUUUCGAUAGUAAAGGAUACAUGUACGACAAGACUGGGAACAAGACCUCCUGGUGGGACCACGAGUCAGAAGAAGCCUUUGUGAACCAGACAAAGUGCUUCGUCGAGCAGUACAGCAACUUCAACAUUACGGGGCCUGAUGGAACAGGUCUCCCCGUGAACGGAAGCCUGACUCUUCCCGAGAACAUCGCCGAUGCCGGAGGUGUCGUGUCAGGUUUUGCAGCCUGGAAGAAACAAGUCAAGGAUAAAGGAAAGGCAAAGAAUCUACCCGGCUUGGAAGAGUUCUCACAUGAGCAACUGUUCUUCCUCAAAUGGGGUCAAACUUGGUGUUCAAAGAUGCAGCCUGAGCUUUCUCUACGACUGCUCACCACCGAUGUACACGCACCCAGCGCCGCGAGGGCUUUGCUGCCUUUGAGAAACUCCGCCGAGUUCAACAAAGCCUUCAAAUGUGCAAAGAAGGAGCCUGUUUGCGAGCUGUGGUGA